CACCAGAUUCGGCAGUCCCACGUGUACAUUUAAAAGUAUUUCAGGAGUCCUGGUGAUGCGUUUCGAGCUCCAAGUUUCACCCACCCAGUCCAUCACGAAGCGUGAUAUUGUUGAUGCCUUAGGCCCAUCCAGCGAGCAAGGAUACCCGCAUCACUAAAGUACACAUCUACGAUCCUUACUUCCCUGACAACACCCGGAACGCUAUCAAAGCCGCGUUUACCCUUCUCUCAGGAUGCCUUCAGCUCACAGGGUUCUCGUGGACAACCAGGAGAGUGCGGACAGCAACGUUGUGGGCGGGCACGCGACUGCUCGGCCGAGGCUGCUGAAGCCUCUGCCCUACGCAGGCGCACUGGACAAAUUCAGGCAUCAGGAUCUAACGCCCGUGAUCGGAAGGGAGUAUGAAAAUCUCCAAGUGACGGACCUACUGAAGGGGGGCGAUGAUGUGAUCAGAGACCUAGCGGUCACAGUUUCUCAACGUGGUGUUGUUUUCCUCCGAAACCAGCAUGUGACACCCGACCAGAUGAAGGACUUGAUGCUGCGGCUGACUGAGCUUACCGGAUGUCCCGAGUCAUCCGGCCUCCAUGUGCAUCCCCUGACCGAGGAAGGGUCGGAGCUAGGCGACCAGAUCUCCGUCAUCAGCAGCGAGAAGCAGAAGAAAGGCGGUGGUCUCAUACACCACCAUUCCGAUGUCAGCAGGUUUGCGUCCGCCGGCUGGCAUACUGACAUCUCUUUCGAACCGGUUCCGUCCGACUAUGCCAUGCUGAAGAUCCACACUCUUCCUCCCACAGGCGGCGACACUUUGUGGGCGUCUGGGUACGAGAUCUACGACCGACUGUCGCUCCCAUUAAAGACAUUGUUGGAGGGGUUGACCGCAACCCACGAUGCCAGGUUCUUCCUGGAAGAGGCUGAAAGACUGGGAAACCCCCUGAGAAAGGGCAUCAGGGGACAUCCGCUGAACCACGGAGACUCUCUGACAGCUGUGCACCCUGUAAUCCGGACAAACCCCGUGACCGGAUGGAAAUCGGUCUACGUCAACAAGGGUUUCACCAAACGCAUCAACGGCGUCACCAAGGACGAGUCCGACCUCCUUCUCGGUUACCUGUUCAACUUGGUCACGCAGAACCACGACGCCCAAGUCCGCUUCAAGUGGCGUCCGAACGACCUCGCAAUUUGGGACAACAGAAGCACGUGGCAUUGCGCUACCUACGAUUACAACCAUCCUCGGGUGGGGGACCGUGUGUGCAGUUUGGGCGAAGCGCCAUACCUGGACUUGAAGAGUACUUCGAGGAAGGAAGCCCUGGGAUUUUUGUGAUUCGAGCAAGUAGAAAGUCCAAUCUCCAGGAGACAGAGCAAAGGCAGUAGUAACGGUAACAUGAACGCAGUGCCUCAGAUAUUG